ACGGGUAUGUUAAACGGGUACGUGAUACCUAUUAAUCCCCGUCCGACAACUGUCACUCCCGGAACUCCGGUUGCGACACCAGAAAUAGAGUGGAACACCAGCAAACUCAACUCAACCCAUAACGGCAUAGCCCAUUGAAAUGAGCACUUCAUCUUCUUCGAUCCGCACAUUAGGCGCAGCUCUUCAAAGAAUUUCAAACGGAACAUCAUCUUCUCCCUUCAAAUCUCUUUCUCUAUCCUCUUCUUCUCUCCUCUGGAAUGGCAGGAUUUCGAAGAGACUUGCAUCAUCCUCAUCUUCAUUUUCAUCAUCAAGUUUGUGGGGUUCAGAAUUACCCCAUAGAUUGUCUCAUCAGUAUGAUUAUCAAUGCGCUUCUGUGAGAAAGAUUUGGACUUGCUCUCCUCUUUGCAUGGGUCGGCGCUCGAGCAAAAUUGCAACUAGAAAGGGAGCUCAAGAUCUAAAGAAGGCAAAGCUGUAUUCAAAGAUCGGCAAGGAAAUUGUAUCAGCUGUGAAGAAAGGAGGUCCAAGUCCUGCAUCCAAUACUGCUCUGGCUGCCAUAUUUGAAAAGGCCAAGGAGCUUGAUGUCCCAAAGGAGAUUUUUGAGCGCAACAUUAAGAGAGCUUCUGAGAAGGGACAGGAGGCCUUUAUUGAGAAAGUCUAUGAGGUGUAUGGAUAUGGUGGGGUUGGCUUUGUUGUUGAAGUCUCAACUGACAAGGUAAACAGGUCAGUGGCAGCUGUUAGGGAAGUCGUGAGAGACUGUGGUGGCAAGAUGGCAGAUUCUGGUUCUGUCGUAUUUAGGUUUAAACGUGCUCGUGUUGUAAAUGUGAAAACCAGUAAUGCUGACAAAGACCAGCUUCUUGAAAUUGCCUUGGAUGCUGGUGCUGAGGAUGUCAUUGAACCCACAGGCGAUGAAGAUGAUUCUGAAGAAGAUCAGUCAGAGAGGUACUAUAAAAUUGUAAGUUCACAAGAAAAUUACUUGUCUAUACUGUCAAAGCUUCGUGAUGAAGGAAUAAGUUUUGAGCCAGAUAAUGGGUACGAGCUACUUCCAGUUGCCCCUAUUGAGGGAUUAAUGUUCUCAUGCUUUAGAUCUGGCACGAUACCAGGACUCCAUAUUGGCUGCCAGCUAAAGAGAAGGCAAAGAUCACUUUUUUCCUGCCACCAGGCUGCAUAAGAUAAAGUUAAGUUUCUUAUAUGCAUGGCAACUAUGAAAAAUAUAGUCCAAUGACUGUGUGUUAAUAUUUUGUUCUUUCAAAAGUAAGUGGCCUAGUAAAUGGGUGGAAAAGAAAGAUGGCCUUCAAAUUGGCAUAGAAUUGGUUGGUAAGUAGCAGAAGAACCCAGUUUCUUUGUUGUUUUGUUUCUUAUAAUGUUUGCAAACAAAGGAAGAGGCUCUUCUUUUGUGAGUGUUUAAAACUUGGCUGAGGUGUUGAGGAAGGAGCUUCACAUGAAUGAAAGGACCCCUUUCCUUCUAUACCAACUACUUCCUCUUUAGUUUAACUACUAGGAAGCUGUGCUCCAAGACUUCAUUUUUCGGGUUGCCUAUGAAACAAAGGGCCUGUUGUUCCCCUAUUAACUACUGAAGGGAACCUUUUAAGUUCCGUAUGGGCACCUGUCUGUUCUGUUCAUCUUUUAUCUUCAUAUUUCCUAUUUAUCCUAUCUUUUAUGUAUGCUUAACUUACCUUAUGACACAAUCCUUAAAUAAUGAGGGUCUUGGGAGGUUAGUAUUUACCGAGUAUAACACCAAGCAGUGAAGGCCGGGUGAAAUUCUUUUCGGGUCUUGGGAGGUCGGUAUGUACUGGGUGUAUAACCGCAAACGAACUUGGAAGAGAACAAAACUAAAGGAAGAUAACUCCUUUUGAGAAUUUCAUUCUCCAAGUUUGGCUUUUAGGCCUGUAACUUGUAGAACUAUAUGUUAGUUGAGUAAUGGAAUGUGCAAUUUACUCUUCACACUAGUCUUUUAUCCAGUAAUUUGGCUUCACUGAGAGUAAUUUGCCAAUUGACAUUUUAUGUUUACAGUGUAGUGUCUGUCUGACAAAUAAGGCUGCUCAUGUUGAACAGACCAUAUCACUUUAGAAGUCUCUAAUUGGAGGUAGAUAUUUUUAUGGAACUUAUAUGAAGCUUAUUGCGUAACAAGUUGCAUUUGCUGGGGGCCAUUUUGAAGUGAUGUUCCCAGUGGAAUCACCUAGUGUCAAGACCGUUCCAUACAAGUAAUGCCUAGUUUAUGCCUAAGGGUCCAAAUUCAUAUGGUGCUAUUUAAGCUAGUUAAGUGGGAUUGCAAAGUGGUUUUCAAAUUAGAGCAUAGUUAUAUAUGUUCUUUAGUGUGUUUUUCACCUAUUUCGCAACUAAUAAUAACUAACCAUUGCCCAAAUUUAGGUUUCACAUUGCUAAUCAAAUCACUAUAAUAGUGACAUUCAAUAGGGAAUGAAAAUAGUACGGAAGGAUACAGUACAAGUACUUAUCAACACAUAAAGUUUACAGUCUUUUAUAGCUGGAUUCAAGAGUAGUGAAAGCUAGUGGUUCAGGGAGACCAAUCUUUCUGAAGUUUUAUGUAACUAUAGUCUAAAAUAACUCAAAAGAUAAUUCUUAAUUACUUACAUCUGUGUUCCCUUUUUGCUAAUAUCAUCAUUAAUUCUCCAAGUGCACAUACCUAAGUAAGAUCUUUUCGGGCAAGCAGACUCUUUCAUUUAGGCAAAGUCAGCUGUUGGAUCAUAGAGUUUUCAAUAACUUUCCCUUGGCAGUUUCAAGAAGCAACUUAUGGAGGUACUGG